GUCCGCCCUUUCUUCGCCAGAUGGUGAAUGUGAUAGAUCGAGGUAUUCACUGUCCGCAAUGGAAGCCCGCUUAACUAGCUGACGAUUCAUUUAUUCCCUCCUCUUUUUCUUGCAAUCAUUCCUCUAGGGUUUUAUUUAUUUAUUUUGUUCAUUUUUAUUGGUGUUAAUAUCAGUUACUAGGAGGCAACAUGAAGUUCAUCGUGGGCAUUGGCGGUGUCACAAAUGGUGGAAAAACAACUUUAACCAACCAGCUAAUUAAAUGUUUACCCAAUUGCUGUGUGGUACACCAGGAUGAUUUCUUCAAACCCCAAGAUCAGAUACAAGUUAUAGAUGGAUUUAAGCAGUAUGAUGUUAUCACUGCGCUGGAUAUGGAAGCGAUGAUGGAUACCAUUAAUGCUUGGAGGAAAGACCCAGUUAAAUUUGAACGCUCGCAUGGCAUUAACAACAAUAUGGACACAGCGGAGGAAGUUGAGAAGAGUGAAAAGAUUCACAUUCUCAUUGUGGAAGGCUUCCUCCUCUAUACAUACAAACCACUUAUUGAUGUAUUCACUCAAUGCUACUUUCUUACCAUACCCUAUGAAGAAUGCAAGAAGAGGAGGAGCUCCAGAAACUACACUAUCCCAGAUCCACCGGGACUUUUUGAUGGUCAUGUGUGGCCAAUGUACAUUAAACAUAAGAAUAAAAUGGAAGCACUAAAUGUGAAUGUUGAACAAUUGGAUGGAACAGAAUCAAAGGAACAGUUGUUGAACAGGGUGUCUGCAGAUAUCUUGAAUUUGAUAAACAAGGUGUGAAUGAAAAUGUGAAUUGUAUUUGAACGCUACUACAAAACAUGCCUUAAUAAAUAUUUUUAUUUUUGAUGUUC